AUGUCUUUCUCAUCUAUCUUAUCACAGGAUAUCACAGAAGAUAUCACACCACCAGCAAAUUCUUCUACCUUAGGCUCAAGAGAACAGCUCGUUUUCAGGGCUUAUCAGAAUGAACCUUGGCUAUCUGGUAUAGCUUUAAAUCUUAUCUUAGAUAAAAAACAUAUCGUUGUAGACAGAGAACUGUUGUUCCAGGUGCUGAUGGUGGAGAAUAUCACCAAGUCCAAGCUAACACAGAUCGAUGACAUAAGGACCAAGUUGGAUCCGAAAAAACAGAAAGUGGACAGACUACGAUCGGGGCAGCAGGGGACUGGCGCUAAGAGAUACGAGGUCAUCACUCAAGUGAACAUGGAAGAUGACGGGAACGUAACUGAAAAUAACGGCCCUAACGAUUACAACAACUACAAAGAUUAUAAUAAUAACGAAAGUGCUGCCAAGAACAAAGCAGUGUUCAAAUUGACACUGCAGAGUAAAUCCGGUGAUGUCUUCUUUGCAAUCAACUCGACUGCCAUACCUUGGAGCUCUUGCAUGCUGGGCUCCAAAAUUGUCAUAUUGCCAGGAACUGUGUUCAAUAGAGGCGUUUUCAUAUUGAAGGACUCACAAGUCAUUUUUCUCGGCGGCAUCAACAGAGUUUGGAACGAAAACAGAGAUGAGAAGUUUUGUGAUUAUUUGGAAUCCAAAUUACAACGUGACAAACAGUUCGUGAAUGGUGGCCCCAAGAAAAGAAAAGCCAACGAUUAG